AUGGCCGCGGCACGCACAUACCUGGCCUUCCAGCACAACGCCAAACUCCACACCCUCAAGACAAUCGUCACGGCGAUCCGCCCCUUCGCAGACCUCGAAGAAGCAAACCGCCUGCUGUUCAAAGAUGGCAGCGACCAAGACCACGUGAUCGUCACUGAAAAGACCAUCUUCCACCCCCAGGGCGGCGGCCAGCCUUCCGACGUCGGCUCAAUCACCGGCCUGUCCGGCGCAUCAUUUUCAGUGCGCUCAGCGCGCAUGGACGCCGUCCGCGACGGACAAGUGUUGCACUUUGGCCGCUUCAACUCCGCGGACCAACAGUUCAAGGAGGGCGAGGAGGUAGAGCAGGCCAUUGACGUGCAGAAACGCCUCCUGUACUCGCGCUACCACACCGCGGGCCACGUCCUCGGCGCCGCCGUCAGGCACCUCCUCGAGAACGAGGUUGAGGGUUUCGACGAGCUCAAGGCGUCGCACGUCCCCGACUCCGCGAGCUGCGAGUUCCAGGGCCUCAUCGACGGGAAGUACAAGGACUCGAUCCAGCAGAGGGUCAACGAGUACCUGGACGCCAAGAUGCCCGUCAAGGUCGACUUCUGGGACGAGGAGGAGUUCCGGAAGCGCGGCCUCGAACGCCUGAUUCCCGACCGCAGCCUCGCGCCGCCGGGGGAGAAGUUUAGGGUCGUGGAGAUUGUCGGAGCCGAGGUGUAUCCUUGCGGCGGCACGCACGUUGACACCACCGACUUGUGCGGCGAGACUACCGUGAGGAAGAUUUCGAGGAGUAAGGGCAAGUCCAAGGUCAGCUAUGCUGUUGCUGCGGAAGCUCCGUAG